UUUCAGUUGCCUGCCUACUCAGAAUUGCAGAAUCUCAGGUAUUUGGAGGAGCUAGACCUGUCCAACCCAUCCAAUGUGAGUGAUAGCUCCCUGGAAACAAUAUUUGGAAAGAUGCCCUCCCUGAAGAAUUUGGUACUGAAGGUGGCAGCAUACAAGGUAACGAGCCGAACAGAUUAUGAAUUUCGAAACUUAGAAGCCAGGAACAAUUAUAUAACAGGAGUCUAUGCAAAAGAUGAGAAGUACUCGCCUAAUUCUUCAGUCUCCGAGUUCCAACUGCGGACCCUUGACUUGUCCAGCAGCCAGAGUCAUGUUCCUGGACAGCCAUUCCCCAACUUUCUAUACCAUCAGAGGCAUCUGCAGUUUCUUGAUCUGUCGCAUGAUUCAUUUCGAGGAAAGGGAUUGUCCCAGUUGUACCAAGGAACUAUUCUCUUCUACAUCUCUGGAAUCAAUCUCUCCAAUAACAGUCUGACAGGCGAAAUCCCACCUGAAUUCGGCAACUUUACCAACAUCAAGGUACUGAAUUUGUCUCAUAACUUUCUCUCUGGAUCCAUCCCGUCGACAUUCUCCAACUUGAAGCAAAUUGAGAGCUUGGAUCUAUCAUACAACAAGCUCAACGGAACAAUCCCCAACAACCUCGUCGAGCUGAACUUCUUAGCAGACUUCAGUGUGGCACACAAUAACUUGUCAGGCAAGACACUAGGAAAUGUAGCACAAUUUGGGACAUUUGAUGAGAGUAGCCACCAAGGCAAUGAUCUGCUAUGCGGAUGGCCUCUGCCAAAAAAAUUGCUACCACACAAGAGAGGAUGA